AUGCUUACUAUAAUUAGUUAUUUUGGUUUUUUAUUAGCUUUGCUUAUUUUCACCUCAGUCCUAUUCAUCGGGUUAAGCAGUAUACGACUUAUUUGA